AUGCAGCCCCAUCGACGUCUGCGUGAGUCCCUCACGCCCCAGCAGCUGCGUGAGUGGUACGCUGGUUGGGGCUGUAGGGGUGGUGGCGCUACUACUGCUACCACUCCUGCUGCUUCUACUACUGGUGGCGGCCAGAUGCAGCUCCCGCGACCCCCCUGCGCGUCUCUCACGCCUCAGCAGCUUCGUGAGUGGUACGCUCAGAGUAGAGGGUCUCUCAGUUCUGUUCGCUGCUCUUACGUGAUUCUCACUGGUGCUCGGACUGGUCAGCCUUGUGGGACACCUAGUCAUACACCGUCCCGCUGCUUCGCCCGUCUGAGCGACGCCUGGCGUACCGUGUUUGGCGACGAGGCUGAGCUCCCCGACUGGGUGGAGUUGCUUAGGCAGAGGGUAGAUAUAUUUGCUCUUGACUAUGAUGCUAUUCUCACUGCCAUGUAUGCAUUGCCUACUAGCGCUGACCGUGCCGGUCACCUGGGCGUACCGCCUGACCCGGGUAUAGGACCUGCUGCUCUAGCUACUGGUGAGGCUGCUGCUGCUCUGGGUGCUAGUGAGUCUCCUGCUCCAGGUCCAGGUGCGGCUGCUGCUCUAGGUGCUAGUGAGUCUGCUUCCUCAGGUGCGGGUGAGGCUGCGCUCUCAGGUACCACGUUGGCUUCGGCCUCCCUCACCUUUACACUUGACUCUGGGGCUUCUCGCUCCUUCUUUCGGGACCGCACCACACUCACGCCGCUUGGUCGGCCUGUUGCAGUCUCCCUGGCUGACCCCUCUGGGGGUCCUGUCCUAGCUCACUUUUCCACUGUCCUCCCGUGUCCGGCUGCCCCCUCGGGCACCCUGUCUGGCCUGUACCUCCCCUCGUUCUUGACGAACUUGGUGAGUGGUGCAGACCUGCAGGAUGCGGGGGUUCACCAGUUCACUCCUGCGAGUCAGCGGGUGACCCACUGCACGGACGCACGCACAGGCCGGCACCUGGCCACGUUCUCGCGUCGGCCGGGGUCGAGCCUCUACACCCUGACCACUGAGUCUCCUCCUGUCCCUGCGUCCGGUCAGGUAGCUGCGUCAGGUCAGGUGUUUGCUGCUGCGUCCAGGUCUGGUCCUGAGUCUGCCCCCUGUUCGUGUCGCCUCCUGUCUCACGAGACUCUCCUGUGGCACCAUCGUCUCGGCCACCCCUCCUUGCCCCGUCUUCGGGGCAUGGCUUCCUGUGUCCUUGUCUCUGGUCUUUCCCAGUCUCUCCCUCCCCUUCCUUCGGGACCAGGACCUUCCUGUGUCCCCUGUGUCGAGGGGCGCCUCAGGGCUGCUCCUCACUCCUCCCAGUUUCCCCCGACAGAGGCUCCUCUGCAGACACUUCACAUGGACGUGUGGGGCCCGGCCUCAGUCCGUGGGCAGGGUCAUGAGCGCUACUUCCUGUUGGUGGUUGACGACUACUCGCGUUACACCACAGUCUUCCCCUUGCGCAGCAAGGGUGCUGUCACUGAGGUGCUGAUCGACUGGAUCCGCGAGGCUCGUCUCCAGCUCAGGAGGAGCUUCGGCUCGGACUUUCCUGUUCUGCGUCUGCACUCUGACCGAGGUGGGGAGUUCUCCUCUCGCCUUCUGCGAGACUACUGCCGUGCACAGGGGAUCCGCCAAACCUUUACGCUUCUGGACUCUCCACAGCAAAAUGGGAUUGCUGAGCGCGGCAUUGGCAUGGUCAUGGAUGUCGCUCGUACGUCCAUGAUGCAUGCGGCUGCCCCCCAUUUUCUGUGGCCGUUUGCGGUUCGGUACGCGGCGCAUCAGCUCAACCUUCACCCCAGGGUCUCUCGGCCCGCGAUGUCCCCAGUGUUACUGUGGACGGGGAAGGUCGGCGAUGCGUCUGCGUUCCGUGUCUGGGGAUCUCGGGCGUUUGUCCGCGACAUGUCUGCGGACAAGCUGUCCCCCCGUGCUGCUCCCUGUGUCUUCCUUGGCUUCCCCCCUGACGCUCCAGGGUGGCAGUUCUACCACCCCUCCUCUCGUCGUGUUCUGUCCUCCCAGGACGUCACGUUCGACGAGUCAGUCCCCUUCUACCGCCUCUUCCCCUACCGUACUCCUUCCCUCCCCCCCCCACCGGACUUCCUGGUGCCAGUUCCCCCCCCGGUAGACCCCCUCCCCCCUCAGGUUCCUGCCCCUUCAGGUGUGUCCCAGGUAGACACAGUCGAGCCAGUCGAGGUUGCUGCUGAGUCUGGUCCUGCUGCGGGUGCAGAGUCUGGGGGUGCUACGCCUGCGGGUGCUGAGCUUGGGGGUGCUGCUGCUGGGGGUGCUGAGCCUGGGGGUGCGAGGCUGGGGGGUGCUGAGCUUGGGGGUGCUGCUGCUGGGGGUGCUGAGCCGGGAGGUGCUACGUCAGGAGCUGCUGAGCCUGGGGGUGUUGGGCCUGGAGGUGCGGAGCCUGCGACUGCUGGACCUGGGGGCUCUCCGGUUGCUCCGUCUCGGCGGGAGCCGCUCUCUCCACAUGAGCUGCGCGAGUGGUUUGCUCGCCGCUGGAGGCGUGCUGCUGGAGCUGGAGCUCCUUCGACUGCUGAGGGUGCUGUUGCUGCCGGUCCCGGAGCUGCUGGGCCUGCGGGUCCUACUGGAGCUGGAGCUGCUGAGCCUGGGGGUGCUGAGUCUGGAGCUGCUGAGCCUGGGGGUGCUGACCGCUGA